AUGAUGCGAAGUUUGUGCCGUCUCUCAACGAUAUUUGUGCUGCAUUGGCAUGCUUCGCGUGGCCAAGAUUUUCCUUCGCUGUCGAGCUGGUCUUAUCAAUACCAACAGUAUUGGGGAAAUAUUGUUGGCGCUACCUGCUCCUCGUACACGAGCCAAUCGCCCAUUGAUAUCCCAAAGCAGCUGGAUAAGGUGGAGCAAAAGAAUCUCACGACUUUAGGUGGCGGAGAAGAGGGGGCACGGCUUGGUUCUUUGGCUUGGAGCCUUUUGAACGACGCAGUCAAUGUUACCCUUCAUCCAGGACCUGUGACCUGGGAAGUACGAAUGACCAACCCAGCUGCGAUCCUGGUACAAUUGGAGGGAGUUGACUAUACCCUUCAGUCAAUUUCCUUCAAGUCGCCCUCAGAGCAUACAGUACAGGGUGCACACAAUGCAAUGGAGGUGCAGCUCUAUCACACUGGAAAGGACUUCCAGGGUGCUGAAAGAAGACUUCUAGUGUCUGUGAGCUUGGCACAAAGGGAAGAUGCUUGGAACAAGUUCUUGGAUCCCAUUUUCAAUGCAAUGCCUCAAGACGGAGCUGGGGUCGGAAUCCUCUAG